AUGGGCGAUUUUAAUGCGCAUAUCGGAGUAGACGCUGGAAAGUGGAACGGCGUGAUUGUGAAAAACGGCCCUAGAGACCUCAACAAUAACGGCAUGAAGUUGUUGCGGUUCUGUGCAAACAACGGAUCGUUCAUUAUGAACACCUUCUUCGAACAUCGAGGAGUGCAUCAGGGUACCUGGUACCGAGAAGUUUGUGCACUGAAGUCGAUGAUCGAUUUGACAGUCGGCUCCUAUGACUUAAGACGCUCAGUAAUGGAUGUUCGCGUUGAAAGUGGUACAGAGCUGACAUCCGAUCAUCACCUUGUUGCUGGCACGCAGCGCUGUAAGAAAUGGAGUACCAUCUGGCGGCAGAAGCAACCAAGAAUCAAUUCAUAA